AUGGAGCUUGUGGACAUGAGCAAGUUCAGCUACAAGAAUAAGGGAAACCGUUGGAUUUUGACUGCCACAGAAGUUCUGAGUCGGUAUGCCUUUGCUGUUCCCGUCAGGCGAAAAAAUACCGAAAGUAUGACGAAAGCUGUUGAAAAGGUACUCGCACAAUUUAAGGAAAGGUUUGACGGAUAUCCGAAAGCAACACAAUUCGACGACGGAAAGGAAUUCUACAAUGUAGGAGUAAAGACAUUGUUAAAGGAUCACGAUGUCCAUUACUUUUCCACGAGAACCUUCCAGAAAGCUACACUCAUCGAGAGAUUUAAUAGGACCCUGAAAACAAGAAUGUGGAAAUAUUUUACGGAAAACAAUACGAAAGUUUGGGUGGACGUUCUACCUGCCUUCGUUAAAUCCUAUAAUAAUUCCUUGCACAGGACGAUCGGGAUGAAACCGGCGGAUGUGAACAAGGACGAAGUUUGGACAAGGGUUUAUGGAUAUCCACUGGACAGUUUUCCGAAACCCAAGUUCAAAAUCGGGGAUCAAGUCAGGGUGGAGAUAAAACAUAAAACGUUUGGAAAAGGAUACGAACCAAAUUUCGACAACGAGAUGUACGUCAUCACGGCGGUGUUUCGGGGAGAUCCCGACAUGUACAGCCUUAAGGAUCCGGAGGAUGGGGAAGACAUUUUAGGAAGAUAUUACGAACAGGAAUUAUCUUUAGACUUAAAUAAAAAUGGAAACAGUGGAGAUGAAUGA